AUGGUGGUAUUCUUAAUCCAUGUUCUUGCACAUGAUACCAAUUUUCCCCCCGAAGGCUGUCAAGAUGAAGAAAUUUAUGCUCGGUUUUGCAGUCCACUUGUUUUCGCCUUGCAGGCAGUAGUCAAUGCUAGUUUUGUCGGUGGUGACAUGGAGUUUGUCAAUGAUGCUGUCUCUUAUUUACGCGGUAUUUUUCAUGCCAUCAAGAGAGCUGAAGAUGCUGUUGAUGCUCUGACAACUCCUAAGCUGCAUAUUCUAGCAGACUUCGGAAUGUCUAUCUUAACUGCAUUGGGUUAUAGUAGCAGCUCUAUGCCACGUACCAUGGGUCCUAUUUUGCUGCCAUCAUCACUAUACAAAAUUAGUCUUGCUGAGAAACGAGAGGCCAAUUUAAAUUCCUUGUCUCAGUCUGGCUUCGGGAAAAAUAUUACGAAGAAAUUGGUUCAGAGGUUUGAGUCUGAGAUCUCUCAUACUGCUAGUAUUGUCACUAAGCGUGGCCAUAGGAGCCGAGAUGAUUCUUCACAUUCAGAUGCUGUAGCAUUGUCCAAAGGUGUUUGGUCAAUGGAUGGGAAAAGGGAUCAGACUCAUCAGAGCAAGAUUUCAUAUGCACGGGGAACGGAGCUUCAUGAAAUUCGGAAGCAGGAAAUCAACAAUGGUGAAAAACAAAAUCCAGCUCCCUCUUCCUGUUCUUCUAGAUCAGUGGAGUUGCAUAAGGAGUUCUCUAUUGAGGAUGAGCAUGAAAAGGCUGCAUCUGGAAAUUCUGAUCUGAUAAUUAGAAAUGAACAACUUCCGUUAUCCUGCGAUUUUGUUACAAAAAAAACUUCACAACCUCAUAAGGACGAAUUAUUACAUUCUAAUCCACUAAAAGAAAAUGAAGCAAUUAUUCAAUGUAAUGGUAUUACUGAAAAACCUUCCAAACGUUCGAGAGCCAACCUUUCUAGUCUUUGCCAUUCUCAGAGAAUUGGAAGUGGAAUUGAAUCACUACUCGGGCGACGGAUAAAGUUAUGGUCUCCGAUUGAUAAAUGCUAUUAUGCAGGCACUGUGGAUAGCUUUGACUCUAGAAACAAUACUCACAAGAUCAACUAUGACAGUGGGGAGGUUGAAGUGGUAAGCUUGAAUAGCGAGAAGUGGGAAGCUUUAAACAAUGAUCUCCUGCUGGACAAGGUAAUCCAAACAAAACUACCAAAAUACUAUUUUCAAAUUUUAGAGCAUAAAUCGAGGUUAGGAGUUGUAUUUUUGGAAAGCGCAAUCAUAUCUGAGAAUGCUCACCCUUCCAUGGAUAUCAUCAGUGAGAUGGACUGUAUGCUGCACUGCAUUGGCUGUAUAUCAAAUGUUGUGUUGAAUACCAAGUUGGGCAAAAGAUACGAUAUAGGAGUCAAAUAA